UCAUACGUUAAAGUCACAUUACAAGAGCAAAUCACUUUUUCGAUUAAAUAGCACGGAUGAAAAUCACAUUCAGACCUCCACAAAUGGCAAUUUAGAUGAUAGCUGUAAAUUGAUUUCUGUGCAGCCUGUGUGCACAACUAUCGCAGACGAAGCGGAGAUAGGUAAGCUUUGACAAAACAUAUCGUUUUAAUAACUGUUUUUUAGUGACGUGUUCAAAAAUAUACAACGACCAAGUACUUCCUUCGUUUUACAGUUAAUUAUUCACAUUUACAGAACCUUUUCAAAGCUAUUGUGAAAAAUAUUACGGAGAAAGACGGCGUUUCAAAGUUCAAAUAAAGAUUGGUUUUUAGUACCAUACACCUGUAGUAGAAAAGAGCUUGUAUUAAUCCCUGAUAACUGUAUAGGCAACGGACACCAUUUUGGUGUCACGUUGUAUUUAUUUAUUUAUUUGGCUUUGCCAACUAGGGCAGGGUCACCACAACAGCAUAUGACAAUUACUGUGGGCCCUUUUACUUAACCCACCCUGUCAACUUUCCCUGUGGGCGGAAACCGGAGUACCCGGGGAAAACCCACGGCUUUCGGCAGAGCGUUGACUUUUUACUCUUUUCACGUGAGGACUGGGUUCGAGUCGCAUUGAGAACGUUCUCACUGAGAUUUGAACCUGCGACCUUAGAGGUGAAAGGCAAGUGUGUUAACCACUUCCCCACCGCGAAGCCCACGAAAAGCGAGCAAUGAAAAAUACUAGGGUCUGUGGGUAUGCAAGCAACCUAAACACGUCCAUUAGGAUCAGCAGAAAAAAUGAUGUUCGGGUGGGAAACCAGACCCACACGAUAUUUUUUGUCUAUUAAGUUUUAGUUUGUGGCAGACAGAGUGGGAAUACAAAAUUGCUUGUUUUCAAUAUCAAGUAGCGUAUUAUCUGAAACCUUUCAACUCCCGGGCGGAAGAGUUAGCAUUGAUGGGAUACGUGAGUGUUAGGCGCCAAUUGCUGCUCGCUGAAUGGCGUUCAGCAAAGACCUUCUGGAGAAAAAAACUCGAGAUUUCGAGGGAAGAUAGAAAAAAACAUAGGAUCUUCGCUUAAAACGGCAAAGUUUAUAUAAAUUUCAGGGACCGGUUGUAUGAAACUCUUAACUAUACUUUUUUACCACUAGGUCGUAUAUUUAAAUAAUAGUUAACGCCAUUUUGAUUGCAUGGUUCACCUUUCACGUCAUUUUUCUGGUAAUUGUCAAGUUAUUUCAAAACCUUCGACACCAAUAUUUUGCAUGCGUAAUUUUUCUCUAUUUUUGCAGAUUCUGUUCAGCAUGACAUUGUUGUGUCCAUACCAUGUACAAAUGUUUACGAUGUCCACAAAUUUUCCAAGAACUCAAAAGACCCAAGACUGAUGGGGUUAACUGACGGAAUUGAACUCAUGUGCAGUACAUUGCAAAUCUACAAGGUAAAUUUAUUUUAUGAAUGUUUAUGAGUGCAAUGGUAAAAUGUUUUGUGAAGCAAAGAAUUUUCCAAAGAGGGAUUUUGGUAGAAACCAGGCAUAGUACUAAAAUGCGGUGCCCUAAGAAAAAACUUUCCGCCGAAAAGAGUUGUCAAGGAUCAAACUUACUGGAUUGUCAAUUAGUUUAAUCUUUUUGAGAGAUUCGUCAACAAUACAAUUUCGUUUUUCUUUCAAAGGCCAUAAAUCUCUAGAGUAUUGCUGUUCAGAAAUAAAUUAGGCAUCCACAUUGUGAGUAAAAUCUUUUUACGCUGAUUCGAACGGUGGUAUUUUUGUCCCAGAAUGAGAGAUAAGGCGCAGUCGGUCGUUAGAGUCCGAGGAAAUUUUCCCAUAAAAAAAGGAAAUUCAGAGAACUUUAAAGAAAUUUUUGCUAGGCGGUUGUGGAAGGAUUUGAAUGAUUCCGCACAAACUGACAAACUACUGUAAUUAAUCCGCUCUCGAGCAGAAUAUAAAGCAGUGCCAAACUUGACAACACCGUAAUGCUGGGGUGGUGGGAAAAUGUUAGAGAAGCUGCACUGGGAUGCUGGCGCUUAGAACGUAGCCCUCUCUCUGACUCAAACUUAACCGUUCCUUUUUGUUAUUCACUAGCAAGGCCGGAUUUUGGUGGAAAUAGUGGGGGAGGUGUAAAAAAUAUUAGUGGAGGUGCACAGUGUACAUGUGUAUCAGUGUAUUAAUGAAUUGUGAUUAUACAAUUAACUCAUCCAAUUUUGCCCCUCGUUACAAUUACUACAAAGUUUUCAAAACAUUGCUUUAAAAGGGUACUUGACACAGACAUGAAUGGCUAUCACUGUUUCAAUUUUACAGAAAAAAUUUCGUACGAAGUGUAGACCCUAAGCAACCAAAAAAUGUAACAUUUUUACUUUGAUUUUUACUUUACUAGUUGUGAAGGAUCACUAAACUCACUCGUUUGUUUAGCGAUCCUAAUUGACAACUCGUAAAUAACUAUCGUACGUACUCACCAACUGUGAUAUAUAGGUAUAAUAGCAUGGUUUCGAGUGCAAUGUGGGAAAACAUAUGUGAGUUUUGCAACGGUCAACUUCAAGUCUUUAUACAUCAAAUAAUUAUGCUGAAGUAAAUUCAUCAUUUGCAUGGGUCAAACACAUGCGAAAUAUAUAAUUUACUCACUUUUGCUGCGAUUGUUAUAGUGGAUUUCUUCUUCUGGUGCAUGUAAACGUGUAGAUGAGUGUGAAUGUUCUGAGUGUAUGAACCCCUAUCUGAACAUAUUCAUACCUCAUCCAUCGUUCACAUCCAUGCACCAGAAGAAAAAAAUCGCACCCAAAAUCGUAGCAAAAUUGCAAGUGUAAACGGACCUUAACUUCUAACUUUUCUCUUUUAGUUCUGUCUGCCACAAAAAUCUGAUUACAACGCAGAUAAACUUACUGCGAUAUUCUCAAAGUAUACAAAACACCUCGUAAGUAUUAAUUUAUUAUUAGAAAUAAAAUAGCGUUAUAGUGUUUACUUUUAGAAAUUAGAUCUUGGGUGGCGGCAUCCUCAUAUAAUAUGAAUAUUACAUGAAUAUGACAUAAUAUAGAUGAAUAUUAAAUACACACCUUAAGGUGUGAAAAAAGAUAUGAAUAGAACUCUAUAAAAUACGCCAUUUUGAUUGGUUAAACUUUUAUUAGGAAGGUCUUUCUUGACUCUUUUGAUCUAUAAGAAUUUAGUGUAAAUGCACUGCGUAUAAUUAUAAUUAUUAUAUUAAAAUGUAAAAAUGAUUUCAAAAAUUGUGUUGUAGCGUGAUGUUCAAUUAAAGCACAUGAGGAUCGACCGAAAAUCUCACAUUGAAAUUGCAGUGACUUCUAUAACGUCUUCCUUUGUAUUUCGCCUAUUUGAACAAUUAACUGACAACCAAAAUUUUGUGAGAAAACUGGAAUUGCAAGAAAAUCUCGUAAUACAGUAGUUGUAAUCGAGAAAAGUGUGUUACUUGUUUAAAACACUCUGGAACCCAAACUAAGUCAAUUUUUUCUUAUUUUAAUUGAUAUUGUAUACCUAACAAUAAGUUUGUCCAACCGGAGAACCAGACUUGUAACACAUGAAUAUGGUCAUUUUGCUCGGGGUAUUUUCAAAUAACUUACGAUGAAAUAUUCCAUUCCUCCAAGUUUAUAAAUAAUAAUAACCCUAUGUUACAAGUUUCAAAAUAUAUUAUUUAUUACAAGUUAUUAUGACGCUAUCAAUUUUAGGUCACAUUUUCUCUUAUUUUAAAAUUAAUUUAAUUUAAAACGUGACGCCAAACCACUCACCAUGCAUACGCCUUUCUCAUCGACAAUCGCAUUCAUAUCGUACUUGCAAUUUUGAUAUUUCAUUGCCAAACGUGAUCAUCCUAGUUACAGCCUUGUUUUUCUGGAUCUGAGAAGCGGAAACGACGUUCUCCCAGCGAGAGAAAGGUAUCACAUAUGAUAGUACUGUAUGUGCUAUAAAAAGACACACGAUCUAUUGGAUUUAUCUAUCGUUGAUUCAUAUCGCUGAUUUAGAAAGUGAUUAUGUGUUCCUGAAAUAAUUUUUUAUGUUGAAUUUAUCUAUCGUUGAUUGACAUCCUGAUUAAUAAAGUGAUUAUGUGUUGCUGAUAUGAUGAAAUAAAUUAUGCGAAAAUUGUUACUAUAAUUUGCUUUGAUUUAUGACAUUCAGUUGUGAAGUAAUGUUUAAGUAUAAUAUUGACAUAAGAAGGAAUGAUUGUGAUUUAGUGAUAAGUAUAAUAUUGAUAUAUGAAGCAUAAUUAUAAGUAGACUCAUGUACUAGCAUACUAUUACAAAUGCUGUAAUUUGAUUGGCUACUCGCUAUAUCUAUUCCUCGAUAGAUAGCGAGUGGCAAAACAAUCAUUUUCCUGGCUCAUUUUUUUUUUUAAUGUGGCUAAUUCCAUUAUCAAAUUAUUGAAUUAUUUUGUGGAAUAUUUUAUAUUUGAUCUCUGAUUCUACUAAAACAAUUAGAUUACUCGCUCUGGAUUUCUAUGAGGUGAUAGUUGAUUAGGGCUUCGCCCUCAUCAACUAUAUCACCUCAUAGAAAUCUCGAGCUCGUAAUCUAAUUGUUAGAUAUACAUUGAAUGAUUGUGAUUUAGUGAUAAGUAAUAUAUUGAUAUAGUUAAUUAUAGUUAUAUACAUGGAAUGAUUGUGAUUGCAAUUAAUUAAACGUCGUGAGUUGUAUAUAUUUCAUACAUAUAUUAAUAAAUAAUAAUAGUUCCUAGGUAAUAAAAUAAAUUGUUCAAGUUAAAGUUUCUCAGAAUUUCCGAUCCAAGCUAUAAGGUCCUGGAAAACACCGUGAACAACUUCUCCUAAUGCGGAAUACUUGGGAACGGAGGAGAGGAACAAGAGAUCUUUUAGAUUUUCUUUGUAUGCAUCUUGAUUUUAACUGCUUAUUAAAAGUUGCACUGGUUGUAAAAAAGCUCGAAUUCUGUCGUAGUAGUGUUAGCAGUGAACCAAGACAUGCAGGUCCCAAAGAUCCAUGCACCCGUGUUGUUGCAGCUAAAGAUGGCUUUUGUGCACCUAUAUCUGGAAUUAUAUUUUGCGUAAUGUUGAUUUUUUGAGACGUGUUUUUGAACGCUUUUCUUCAUCAACUAUACCUUAAUUGAUAGCAGCUACAGUUCCCAGAGAAUAUCUCAGAGGUAUGGUUUGAACGGAGGCGAACGAGACGAACUUGUAUCCUUGAUGGAAAAGCGCUGGAUCAAUAGCUUUAAUGCGACGUUUGGCAUCAAACCAAUCUUUCAAAGUUUACGCGUGUUGACCAUCAAAGGAUGUAGCAACCGCCUAUAAACCUUCCAGUCCUUUAGUGUGUCGUACUGAUUGCGUCUUUUGUACAAAAACGUUUAACAUUGUCAUGCGGAUCUUAGUAUUUCUACCAUUUAGGGGCUGUUUACCUGAUCCCGUUUUUCCAGGACUGGAUGGAAGGCCGGAUAAGUCGUAUUGAAAUAAAUCACUGAAACGAGGGUUCAAACGACGGUGAGAAGGUCAAAGAAGAUUAUUCCUGCACAAACAAUCUUUCGUUUACAAUUACACUAUAAUCUAGAUCACGAGAGGAAAAUAAUGUAGUUUUGCUGAAUCGUGUGCCGUGACUUAUUUCAAUACAUCAAAAUCACUCCGCUUCACAUCUCGUCCCGGCAAAGCGGGAUCAUGUAAACAUCCCAUUAUAUAGUGAGUCGUAACAUAACUUAAAACGCGAGAAGAGGACUAUACUGGUGUUAGACAAAGAUCAUUAUGUUAUUUCUGUAAUUCGUUUCAUAAUAAAAUUAAUUCUAUAUUUCUUGAUAUUCCAGUCACCUUCGAAAUGGUUUGCUAUCGCAUACAAAGAAGCAAUUGCUCAUGCGGGUUCACCUGAUCAGUUCGGUUCAGGAAAUUCACAAAACUUCUACCAUUUCGAAG